GCAUUGAUUGGUGGUGGUAGCUCUGGCUUGAUUAGCAGUAGUGGUUCUGGUGGUGGCUCUGGCUGGAUUAGUGGUGGUGGUUCUGGUUUGAUUAGCGGUGGUAGUUCUGGCUUAAUUUGCGGUUGUGGUUCUGGCUUGAUUAGCGGGCUCAAAAAAAUUGUGGUCUUCGAUACAAUCAAAUCAAAAGAAGCGAUGAUCAAUGUAGAUCUACCAAAUAAGGAAAAUGAAAAUGGGUUGAUGAUUUUCUGUGGACUCGAAAAAAUUGUGGUCUUCGAUCCAAUCAAAUCAAAAAAAGCGAUGAUCAAUGCAGAUCUACCAAAUAAAGAAAAUGAAAAUGGGUUAACCAGG